CCUAUUACGAAGUAAACAAACUCAGUGCGUCGACGAGUCCAGAAGAUACGAUUUAUGGAUACUGCCAGUCGUUUACAGUAACAAAUGGCCGAAAGUAUAAAUUAUAUCAUUCACCCCGGUGAAAUAGAAACCUAUGUUAGCUACCUAGAACCGACUAAUAUUGAAGAACUCGGUUCAAGAAGAUGGUUCGAAAUCCACGAGAGAAUCCAAAAAUUACAUCAACAAAGUAUUUUAGAAGCCGGUGAGAUGCGUGAAGAAACGGUGAAAGAUACGUUGAUAUCUUACGGUAAAAUACCUGUCCUUGUUCAUGAAAUAAUCUGCAUAUCCGUUUGGAAAGAGAAGAUUUUACCACGGUUAUUGUCUAUUGAACCAAACCCAGGAAAUACUUUUAUGGCAUACACUAUUUUAUUCCAUGAGGCUUCAAUAAUUGGCUUAUUAGAAACAAUUCUGUAUCACACAGACAGCUGUGUGGCUUUAGAAGACAGCUGCAUUGAUUUAAUUGAUUACUGCAUAUGUUCAAUUGUGUGCCUCAACACUGUAAAGGAUUUUUUCCCAUCUGCCAGAGAAAUACUGACAAAAAGUAAUGCAGAGGAAUUAAAAACCCAAAAGAAAGAACUAGCAUUUGAGAUAGGAUUACGAUGUAUUUCCAUACUUCGAUACAUAAUUGAAAAUCUAGACAGUUUGCCAAUCAGCGCAACAUCAAGAGUAUUUGAGACCCAUGAUAUUCCACUCCUGCUUCUAAACCUCAUUGAAACAACUCCAUGGCAAAGAGAGGAUAAGGAUGGAACAACAAUUAAAUAUAUUGAUGGAAGUUGGAAGAAGGUGAAAGAUGAUGACAAAAUGAAACUUACUCGAAUUGAAGGUAUAGUAUGGCUAACACUCAGACAAUUACUCCUGGAUCCAAAAUGUCCAACAUAUUAUGAUAUGAAUGAGUACCGUAAACAACAACUACUGAAGCUUCAAGGCUAUCUACACGAUGUCUUGGUUGAUCAGCUGUCACCUCUCUCAGAGCUACAAUAUUGGCUGAGUCAUAUUGCAGUAUCACAGGUUCCCCCCACUGGCAAAAAACCAUUAAUAUUAGAAGUUCUGCCACAGAUCAGAGAAUCUUUACUGAGAAGAAGUGAAACUCAAUGGAAAAGAAUAGCUCAAAGACAAGUUAAAGUUCUAUUUCACUGCAAGCAAGGUGAUAUGGCUGAAAUUGCUAAGAGGCUUAGUUCUGCCUACGAUCCAGAAACACUUGAGAAACUCGCUGGUACUGCACCAACAUGUGCCGAAUGUGGAGAACGUGCUGCUAAAAAGUGUUCACGUUGCAAAGCUCUCUGGUAUUGUGGCCGGGAAUGCCAAGUAAAAAACUGGCCAACACACAAAACUACAUGCAAUAAACUUUCUGAAUCAUUCCAGAAAUUGAGUGUGAAUUAAUUGCAGAUAUCACCACUGCAACAAAAGUAAAUGCUUUACCUUGUAAUUUGCACAUACUAACAAAAUAUAUGUUUUCAAC